UUCCUUAUCUUUUUCUUCUUGGUUUUAUUCCAAGGCCAGGAAAAUAAAAACCCAGCAAAAAAGAAAAAAAAGAAAAAGAUGGUGCUAAACCUACUCUUACUAGCAAUAUUAUUCAUUGCUGGCCUAUUUAACUUGUUCUUCUAUUUUCCCACCAAGAAAUUCUAUGCUUGGUUACAAUCCUUCUUCUCAUCUAGUACUACUACUACCACAUCUACUUCAACAAUCACUACCAAAUCUUCCUUACCACACAAAAAAGAGAGGAAUAUCAGCAGCAAGAAAUUAGCCGAGCUUCGGAAAGUAUUUGCGACGUUCGACAAGAACAAUGACGGAUUCAUAACAAAGCAGGAGCUGAAAGACUCCCUUAAGAACAUCAGAAUCUUCAUGACAGACAAAGAGGUGGAAGAUAUGGUGAUGAAGUCCGAUUCCAAUGGAGAUGGUCUGAUUGACUUUGAGGAAUUUGGCAUGUUGUGUGAGUCCAUGAUUGGUGAUCAAGAAAGAUCAGUGCCCAUGAAUGGGAAUAAACAAGAAUUAGGUUUUGAUCAUUACGAUGAUGAUGAUGAUCAGGAUUUGAAGGAGGCUUUUGAUGUGUUUGACAAAGACAAAGAUGGGCUAAUUUCAGUUGAGGAGUUGGGCUCUAUAUUGUCUUCUUUGGGAUUGAAUGAAGGGAAGAAGAUUGAAAAUUGCAAGGAAAUGAUUAGGAAAGUUGAUAUGGAUGGAGAUGGUAUGGUUAAUUUUGAAGAGUUCAAGAAGAUGAUGAAAAGUGGAGGAAAUGCUCUUCUCUUAUCAUCUUGAUCAUGAGUAGUAAUUAUCUCCCUCUUAGGCAGCUCUUGCAAAACACUAGUAAUUUUCUCUCCCUCUCUCUUUUUCUCCCUGUAGUUAGGUCUUCUUCUCUUUUCUAACUUCAAGGCACAGAAAUGAUCAGAGAAAAGGGUGUUUAAGAUCAUGAUCAUCAAUCACCAUAUGCAAUGGUUAUAUUGCCUCCCGAAAAUCUCUGUAACUGUUUCAUUUCAGGCACAAAAAAAAAGUGUGUAUUUGUAUGUGUUUCAUAUGUAAAUAAAUAGACUAUAUUUGCAAAAGUCUUUUCCGGCAAAUACUUCCAGGUUUCUGUUAGGUGUUGGGU